GUUGGCUGUUUUUUGGCGAGAAAUUUAAAAUCUUUUAAAUGGCAACAUUACAAGAAGGAGUCCGAGUUACAAAGAAUUCCAUGGCAGACCCCCCCGCGGUAUGCUUUGGCCUCUCCCUUGCAGGAGCCCCUUCCCCGGACGGAUUUCCCUCCCCGGUCACCGAGCUGACACAGUGCUUCACGGGGCUCAGAGCCUUUCAAACUGGCGACACCCCGUGUCGGCGCCUGGACCUCUCCAACAUCAGUAACGAGAGUGUGGACGUAGCCGUGCUUUUGACGUCCCCGAAAAGCGAAGCCCACGCAGAUCAGCCUGAGUCACUGCCUGUGCCUAAGGACUCUCCAGCUGUCAGGAUGAAUCGCUUGAAGCAGUUUAAGCCGUUUCUGCCCCGGCUGCUGUGCAGCAGCCCAAAGCAGCAGCUGGACAGACGAGCAGAGCAGGAGCCCCUGAAGAGCAACAAGGAGAAUGUGGCCAGUUGGGGGCAGCGCAGUCGAGGCGAAGAUGCAUUCCAGGCGGCAGACUCGUUCCCGCCAGGCGGUGCUGAGCCCUUUGCCCUCGGCAGCCCCAUCUCCCCGGCCCCCGCCCACCUCCCGGUGGACUUCCUGGGCGACAGAGAUGCCAGCGACUUCAUGGAGGCCUUUGCGGAGCAGGAGGAGGUCGGCACAGACGGAACGGCACAAUCCGGUGUUCAGCGUGAGCCUAUUCAUCCUCCUUUCCUUCCCCUUUCUUUCUCGAGUUCAGUUGCGGUCCACAUGUCCUCCAGCAUGGCCCAGCUGUUGUCCGACCCCCUGAUGAAUCAGGAAGUGGAUUUCUCCUCCGUUCCAAUAAGUCGCCAAGGAGGUCGGCACCUCUUCCGCUCCCCUUCCAUGCCCCUGCGACUCAACCGGGCAGUUCUGAAACGUCCCCCUGAGUCUCCUGCCUCCAACAUACCUCUGAAGCGGCACCGGACGCUGCCCGGUUUCACCGAGGAUGAAAAGGACGGCCAGGGACGUGACCAGGCGUCGGCAAACCGCAAGAGUCGGAGGUGUCUCCUGAAGAAGACUCUGUCACUCUGUGAGGUGGCCAAUCAUUUAGGAGGAGACCGCGUCAAUGCAGAACUCAUCGGGGACUUCAGCAAGGUGUUUGCACUGCCUACAGUAACUGGAAGACACCAGGAUUUGAAGUAUAUCACCGUUGAGACAAUGUGUGCUCUCUUAAAUGGCGACUUCAGCAGUCUGGUGGAGUCGUUUGUUGUGGUGGAUUGCCGUUACCCCUACGAGUACGAAGGCGGCCAUAUUAAGGGAGCCCUGAACUUGCCCAAUAGCGAUGAAGCCGUAGAGUAUCUCCUACAGCAGCGACUGCGCCCCCGCCACCCCGACAAACGGCUGGUGUUGGUGUUCCACUGCGAGUUCUCCUCCGAGAGGGCGCCCAGAACGUGCCGACUGCUGCGUAGGGACGACCGCAGCGUGAACGAGUACCCAGCGCUCUACUACCCUGAACUCUACAUCCUCAAGGGUGGCUACAGGGACUUCUUCCACGCCUCCAAGGAGCACUGUGAACCCCAGGCGUACUGCCCCAUGCACCAUGAAGACCACCGAGACGAGCUGCUGCAGUUCCGCUCCCACGGCCGGGCGUCCGCCAAGGAGCGGCGCCGGCACCAGCAUGCGACGCGGCUCAUCAAGCUCUGAGCGGCUCGCCGCAGCCAGGCACCGCGUCUACAGCGGCCUCCUUCACCAGCCAGUCAAGACACUGCCUGCGUGGACUGGCUGCUGAUGCAGCCCAUCCAUCCACGAGAUGGUAGCCGGUGUGAUCAGCGAUCUUUGAUCCUCAAAUAUGUCGUCACGUGACUCAGCUGAGAGGAUGAAUGAAGUGGAGCCCAAGGACCCAACUCUACUAUAUCAAAAUCAUGCAAGAUUAACCAGAUCUUAAGUCGACUAUGAAACUGCCUGCUUUAUUAAUUUGAAAUAUGUCGGGGUUUUUUUGUGGUUCUGCACAUAAAGCCGUGAUUGUAAUUGGGGCUAAGGGGUUGGGGUGCCCGCGGCUCACUGCCAACCACGCUCACGACGCCUUCUGACAGCACCGCCGGCGGCUCAUUGUACACCAUGACAGUCCCGAUCCGGUUCUCUUUGACUGGUGUAAAGUCCCCUUCGUUAUGACCACAUGUCUCAGAUGAUCAUAAAGCCCCACCAAUCAUCAGCCCCCGAUGUCCGCUCUGCUCACCGUGCGCCGGGCACCACACAGGCUGUUCUUCACUGUCACAUGGCCUCAGACACAACAAUGGCACCUUCCUCUCCUUUAAUGCCUAUACGCAUAGGUAAUUACAGACGUAUCCCAGUCUGUCAGCCUCCAUCAUGGUAUCCUCAGAUUUUCCAUUGUGGUGAUUUAUCACCGUUUCACUACUGCUUGUCGGCUCUUUGCAUUGUGCGUUUUUUUUUUUUCUUUCACCAUUUUAGCGAGUUAGCGAGCCGCGGAAACUCGGGUGUGCGACAGUCACUUUUUUUUAACGUACAGCCCCGUGAUGUAUUGUGGGGUCUCUAGCGCUCGAAGGCAGUGUCAUCGUUUACAAUGAAAACAAAAGGAAUUUUGCUUGAAAAGGUGUAUUUCAUGUGCUGCAUUAUGCAUAAGCUUUUAAAAAUAAAAGGUAAAUUGUAA